AUGGUUGUGGAGGAUUCUAAUAAUACACCAAAUAACACUAUAAUAAAAAAUCGUCGACUGGUCGAAGCUGUCACUGAAGGAUCAACGUUGACAAUUUCGAACAUCAUCAAUGAUAUUGCAGCAAACCUUGGUCCUAUUGUUGGGUACGCUGAAGAGCCAUUACUGCCACUUGUCAAAGCAUGUGCUCCGCUAACCAGUAUUAUUCCCAAUUUGUCGUACUACGUUGAACUAGCUUUGAAUGAAACUUCCGAGCAACCACCCGAUGGAUUGACAAUUGAUGAAAGCGCUGCAAUUCGCCUCUACACAAUUGAAUGGACAGAAAAUCAACAAAGUCUUUAUUCAAUGCUCAAUUGUACCCUCAAAAAGGACACUCGUGAGAAUCUUCGUCCUUAUUUCAAAUAUCUAAAACUAUUUUUAACUGCACUGACCAAAUUACCAUGCGCUCCAUCAUCAACCAUUUGGCGAGGAGUGACCAUGGAUUUAAGUGCACAAUUUCCACUUGGCACAUCAGUAAUUUGGUGGGCAUUUUCAUCUUGUACAACUUCAUUGGCCGUGCUUGAAAACAAUAUGUACUUGGGCGAUACGGGUAAGAGAACGUUGUUCUCUGUGGAAGCUAUUAAUGGUCGGGCAAUAUAUUCCCAUUCACAAUUCGUUUCGGAAGAUGAAAUUCUUCUGCUACCGGGUACCCAAAUGAUAGUUCAAUCACAAUUAAGUCCAGCGCCUGAUCUUCAUAUCAUUCAUUUGAAACAGAUCAAACCAAAAGAAAUGCUUCUUGAACCUCCAUUCGAAGGUAUUUCAAAGUUUUCCAAGCAUUUACUUUGA